AUGUGGUCUGCGGUGGGUGCGUGUCCGCGCAGCCGGCACCGUGUGCGGCGCAGGGCCAUUGCGGCUGUGCGUGUGGCGCUUCUUGUUCUGUUGGCGCUGGUUGCGGCGGCGGCGUGGAUGCCUGCUGUGCAUGCGGUGGUGUUGCGACUGCGGGGCGGUACGGUGGAGAGAGCCAUCACGGUUGGCCGAGCCGUGGACACGGUGCUGAUGGACGGCGUGUACAUAACGAACGGCGUGGCUGUGGUGUUCGACGUUGCGGCGAUGCUUCCCGGCGCGCUGCGCAUCGAACUGAGGAACUGCGUGUGCGACGGCGGUGCGCAGAUCUACGUGCGGGGCUACAGCGGCGAGCCGGCGAGUGACCGGAGCCUGGAGGUGAGCGUGAGCGGGCUGUCCGGCGGCUACUGCUCGCUUGUGUUUGUGCACAACCUGCCGGCACACACGAACGUAACGGUCCGUGACUCGACGAUUGUGACGCCGGGGCCGAUGCGCUACUCGCAGCUGAGCGGGCUGACGAACGCGGUGGCGUCGCCGCUUGUGCUGCACGCGACGUCGCUGUUGCAGUCGCAGCUGCGUGUGAGCAGCACUGUGCUGAGGUCGUUGCAGGCGGGCGGGUCGGCGGUGUACGUUGGCGGCGGCGUGGAACUGCUGUCGAGCGCGGUAGUGCUUGACGGCGUGUCGCUGGAGGCGUCGGGUGGUCAGACGGCGUCCGCGAUGCAUGUGGCGUCCUCGUCGCGUCUCAGUCUGCGUAACCACUCGGUGUUCUCCGUGACGAACGUCUCGGUCGUGAGCAGCGGCGGCGGCAUUGUGCUUGGCGAGCGCCUUGCGGUGCUUGACUCGGUGCUGCGCUUCGUGGGCGUCGAGGGGUCUGUUGCGUCGUCGCUGGUACGCUGCGACGGUGGGAUGGUCGGUGUCGGCGGGUGGCUGGAGAUGCACGACGUG